AUGAACGGAAUUAAAGAACUGAACCUUGCCGGAAAUAGAUUUCCGGGUAUUCAAGUAACCGGGGUCUGGAGACUUUGUCGAUUAAAAAGGUUGGAUCUUGCCUUCAGUUCUAUCCGAGGGAGACUCGUUGGACCAUCAAGUAAUCUAUCGGCAUGCGCCCAGUUUGCUCUGGAGACACUGAUUCUAAACGACAACAAGUUUAAUGGUGAAAUCCCGAGUUCACUAGAAAGGCUUACAGCCUUGAGAGGAUUGUAUCUGGAUUAUAACGAGUUGACGGGGAGUAUCCCAGAAUCUCUAGGAAAGUUAACGAGUUUGCAGGAAUUAGUUCUUUCCGGGAACCAAUUAACAGGUUCUAUUCCUACGUCUUUAGGAAACCUGAUGGGGUUAGGUAGACUAGACUUAUCUUGGAAUCUGUUAAACGGGACAAUUCCAUUCUCCCUGGGACGAUUAUCAAAUUUAGAAAUCUUGUAUCUAAACUCUAAUUCUUUGUCUUCAAUUCAGUUAUCACCAGGAAACCUAUCGCAACUCCGGUUUCUUGAUUUAUCAGCAAACUUAUUGCAAGGGUCACUUCCGGAUACCAUUGGACAGCUUUCUAAACUUGAGUUUCUUGAUAUAUCUAACAACUCUUUAUCCGGUGUAGUCACGGAAGCCCAUUUCGCAAACACAUCGAUGUUAAAACACUUGGCAGCAACCUCAAACCACCAUUUGAGUUUCAAGAUUUCACCCAAUUGGAACCCUCCAUUCCAAAUACUAAACGUUUUCCUUAGAUCUUGCAAAAUCGAAUCUGGAUUUCCACAAUGGAUUCAAACUCAAAGGAGUCUCGAGAUUCUGAUCCUUUCAAAUACUAGCAUGUCAGGACAUCUUCCAGAUUGGCUACGCGAGCUCCCGAUCAUCUCGAUCUUCGAUCUUUCCCACAAUUUUCUUGAAGGUCCAUUGACAAAUCUUCCAUCCAACCUUACAACUGAUUCCUCGAGUUCUUUUCCAUUUAUCGAACGGUUCGCAGAUUACGAAACUGAGGGAAGAUUUUUGCUUCUUAAGAACAAUCUUUUCAAUGGAUCGAUUCCGGAUUCAGUGUGCAACGUUACGGGUUUACUUAUUCUCGAUCUUUCUAGAAAUAUGUUAUCCGGGAACAUCCCGGAUUGCUUCGGAAACCUCCAAGAACUGAGUAAUAUGAUAUUAAGUUCCAACCGGCUAUCAGGUGUCAUUCCAAGCACUUUGGGAAACAUUUGUUCUUCACUACGAUGGCUACAUCUAAACAACAAUAGCUUCCAUGGCGAACUUCCGGAAACUCUAGCAAAUUUCAAAAGUUUAGAUGUGUUGGAUACUUGGAUUUGGGCGAAAUCAAUUUUCUGGAAGCAUACCGAGUUGGAUUGGUGA